GAGGGCUGCGCUGAACCGAGAGGCGAUCUGAGGAUGGUUUGGACCAGGAACAAUGCCGCCUUUUUCUAGCCUUGGCCACGCACAAGCAGGUCGCAUGGCCCAUCGCCACACUGCGUCAACUUCACUCUGACGGGUCGCUGCACCUCACCGAACUGCAUUUGAGGCUCUGACAGGUGCGCGCGCGAAACCCUUUAGUAACGAAAAUCGCUGUCGAAUGCGCGGCUAUCUGGGGGCUGGGCCUCGAGCAGUUGGGGGCGUUGACUUCCGGGCGCCGAGUGUCAGAUAUUCAUUGUCACCAAACGUGGAGGCCUUGGAUUGGUUUCCGCGAAAUGGACCCCGGAUGAGCGCGUCAGCCACCGCGGUGCCGUGUUUUUCUCUCCACCUGCCUUCCACCGCCGCACCGGCCCCGCUGCAUUGCGAAGCUGCUCGAUGGUCCCCUGCAUCCGAGCGUGCCCAAACCCUUGCGGCCAUGGCGUUUGGGUGUGCGCGUGCGGCUUCGUGUCAUGCCGUUUGUUUGCUGCUGGAGCUGUGCUGCCUGGGCCUGCGGUGCCCGAGUAUGCAGCGCGGCUGGAGGGUGCAACGCCCACGGCAUGAACUAGCGAAGAGACUUACUUACAGCGGUAUAUUUGCUCGUGCUGCUGGGCUUCCGUGGCGAGUGUGGUGCAGCUGGAGUGUGCGACACCAACGCUGUCGGGCGCUGAUUCCCUCAAUCCAACCUGUGGGCAUCUGGGGGAGCUGGUCCACCUACACCCAGCAGGCAAUACUGCGAUGUGGGGAACAAGGGCACGUACAACUUGCUGAGGUCGUCGUUAGUCCCUGCACAAAUACUGCGCAAUUGUGUGCUGCUGUAGGAGAAACGUUGGCGCAGGUACAUGAAUGGCUUCAAGAGCAGACGAAAUUUGUUCUCUCGCCCACCAUGGUCAUGAGUUGAAUGAAAUUGUUCGUAUUUACAGCGACUUUCUCCUACAAAAUUUUUGUGAUUGUUUGAAGUUAAAAUCUAAGCUUCGUUGCAUUCAACAA